UGGGCUGCCACCUCCGUGGACCCUGAGCGCCAGAGCCCAGCCGCCACGGCCGCGAUGUGGGUCACGCUGCCCCUGCUCUGCGCCGGAGCCUGGCUCCUGGGAGCCCCAGUGUGCGGCGCCGCGAAACUGUCCGUGAACUCCUUAGAGAAGUUUCACUUCAAGUCAUGGAUGUCUAAGAAAACCAAAGCACACUGUGUACUGGUUGUAAAACCAGUUGAGGAACACCAGUGCUUGUGCUUUUGAAAAAUGGUGAUUUUUGCCAUAAACUUGACCCAGCACCAGCAGUGGCGUCCAGGAGUGCCCCGCAUGUGGCAGCACCAUAAGACAUACAGCACAGAGGAGUACCACCACAGGAUGCAGACGUUUGCCAGCAACUGGAGGAAGAUAAAUGCCCACAACAAUGGGAACCACACAUUUAAAAUGGCACUGAACCAAUUUUCAGACAUGAGCUUUGCUGAAAUAAAGCACAGGUAUCUUUGGUCAGAGCCUCAGAAUUGCUCAGCCACCAAAAGUAACUACCUUCGAGGUACUGGUCCCUACCCACCUUCCAUGGACUGGCGGAAAAAAGGAAAUUUUGUCUCACCUGUGAAAAAUCAGGGUGCCUGCGGCAGUUGCUGGACUUUCUCCACCACAGGGGCCCUGGAGUCUGCGAUCGCCAUCGCAACCGGGAAGAUGCUGUCCUUGCAGCCUCAGUUGUCUUCAUGAGGGAAGAGCUGGGACCUAUGCAUCCAUCCCCUCGCCCACAUGGGAGGGAUGAUGCCCCUGCAGGAACUGUCCUAGCCCCUGCCUCUGUGUAGGAAGGAGGGAGUGUGCACAGCAGGCCUGGUGAGGCCAUGAGGGCCCUAGGUUGAAGACAGGUGGGGGUAGGGUUUCUGGCUAGGCCUGUUUCCCCCAUCCUAUACACCGCUGUGGGACCCCAUGCUCUGCAUCGUAUGGGCACACCUACAGGGCAAGGGCUUGGACCCAGCAGCCCUCGCCCCCUCUCACCUUCCCUGGCUGCCCCUGCUUACUGAGUCCCUCCCGACAUAUGCCAGCUGCUGAGCUGGCACUGCAGGACAUACAGCAACUGUUCCUGCCCUUGGGGAGUUUAUAAUUUGGUCACCUGGACACAGCACUGAUGGGGCCCCAGAUGUGGCCCAGCCAGGGAGGCUCAGCGCCUCGUGCCAAACCCUUGAUGGCUUCUCAGCUCGCAGCUUACUGGGUUGUGUCCUUCUUCCAGGCUGAACAGCAGCUGGUGGACUGCGCCCAGGACUUCAACAAUCACGGCUGCCAAGGGGGUCUCCCCAGCCAGGCUUUCGAGUACAUCCUGUACAACAAGGGAAUCAUGGGUGAAGACACCUACCCCUACCAGGGCAAGGAUGGUGACUGCAAGUUCCGGCCUGGAAAGGCCAUCGGCUUUGUCAAGGAUGUAGCCAACAUCACAAUCUAUGAUGAGGAAGCGAUGGUAGAGGCUGUGGCCCUCUACAACCCUGUGAGCUUUGCCUUCGAGGUGACUCAGGACUUCAUGAUGUAUGAAACGGGCAUCUACUCCAGUACUUCCUGCCAUAAAACUCCAGAUAAAGUAAACCAUGCAGUACUGGCUGUUGGGUAUGGAGAAGAAAAUGGGAUCCCUUAUUGGAUCGUGAAAAACUCUUGGGGUCCCCAGUGGGGAAUGAACGGGUACUUCCUCAUCGAGCGCGGAAAGAACAUGUGUGGCCUGGCUGCCUGUGCCUCCUACCCCAUCCCUCUGGUGUGAGCCAUGGCUGCCGCAGUGCAGACUGGCGGAGAAGGAGAGAAACGAGCAGCCUGGGCCUGGGUGGAAAUCCUGCCCUGGAGGAAGUUGUGGGGAGAUCCACCGGGAUCCCCAGCAUUCUGCCCUCACCUCUGUGCCCAGUCUAGAAACCUACAGAGAAGGAGGAGUUCCACCACGAGCUCACCUACGUCUGUGACGCAAAGAUCACCAGCCAUGUGCCUUAGUGUCCUUCUUAACAGACUCAAACCACAUGGACCACGAACAUUCUUUCUGUCCAGAAGGGCUACUUUCCACACAUAGAGCUCCAGGGACUCUCUUUUCUGUAUUCGUUGUUCAAUAAACAUUGAGUGAACACCUCCCUGGAUGGA